AUGGCUCCCAAUGGCAAUCCGAAGGCGAGGAACGGUGCUGGUGUCGCCCAUGGAAGACUCAACGCUGCCAGGCGUGUCGUCCCCGUCAUUCCCCUCCCCAUGGACCGUCGCGUCAAGGCCAAUGCUGCUGCGAAGCAGGCCGCCGCUGCUGCCCAAGCCGCCACUAUUGCGACCCUUCCUCGACCCGCCAUCACGAACGGCUCUUCUUUGAAAAUCCAGCACGACGUCGACUCCGCCCCCAACACCCCCAAGACCAUCGAGCUCGAGAUUGCCACAGACGAAAACGACAAGGGAAAGCCCGUUGUUGCCAACAAUGGUGCUGAGGAGACGGCUUCACCUGCCGACGCGGAAGGCGAUGACACAAAGGAUCGCGAAGCUACCGAUUCUCAGGAGUCUUCUGCCGCCAUCCCCACCCCGUCCACGACCGAAGAGUCCGAAUCGACCGACAAGACCGCCGACCAAGACCUCCCCCGCUCUGCUGAAGACCCUGUUCGAGGCAAUAGUCACGUCACCUCUCCGCCCGCGAUCCGAGUUGCGAAGAAGGACAACGCUCACCAGCAUCCGUCGACCUUCCGACCCCCUCCCGUCAUCCCUCCGACGCGUUACAACAUGCCACCCAAUGGCCACAAUGGCCACAAUGGCUCGCGCCCUUCUCCCGUCGUCAUCAACGGCACCUCUCACCGGGGCCCUCGAUCAGUCCACAACGGUCCUCCACACAUGCAUGGCCCGCGUCCCAGCAACGGAAGCCUUCAGUUCGGCGGUUUUGCUUCCAACUCGUCUUCUCCGGCGCCUCCUCACUCGGGAGGCUUCAUGCCCCCUCCCGGCAUGCCUCUUCCCGACGGGCGUUCUUUCAGCGGUGCCGCCAACGGUUUCCACCGCCAGAUGCCCUACGGUACCGAGUUUGUGCCUGGCACAGGUGUAGAUGGAUUCGGCCGACCUGUUCCAGGUUACGGAGGCAUGGAGCAGUACCCUCAUCUCAAUGGUGGCUACGGACCUUCGACUCCUCAUAGUUUCCAGGGGUCGCACUCUUCGGCCCAUGCGGAUGACACUAGUGCCUACAACCACUACCCCGCGCCUGGUGUCCCCAACGGUACAGCCCAUGUCGAUGACGCUCGUCCUCGCCCUCCUCCGGCCGGAGCUUUCGGCGGACCGCCCCAGCGAAUGAUGCCUGGGCCUAUCCCGCCCCCGCACAUGAUGCACCCCGGUCAUGAGCACCAGGGACUCGACGACAUGGCCGCAUACUUGCGAUCGCAGUUCAGGGACCCUGCCUUUGCUGACUGCACUCUGGAGCUCCGAUACCUCGACGACCGCGCUCCUCCCGUUCGCCUUCCAGGCCACCGUCUUGUUCUUGCCAGAAGCCAAGCCGUCCGCAACGUUCUAGAGGCCGACAACGUCGAAUCCAGCUCGCCCGGCGCUAACCGCACCAUCCUCCUGCAGUCCGAUGAUAGGUACCUCCGAUCUGAUGCCUUCUGGAUGGCCGUUCAGCACUUGUACGCCUUCCCGCUCUUGGACAUGCCUGAGCCAGCUUCCAAUGGCAACUUCACCAUGGCCGGCAACGCCGAUGACCGCUUCGACUUUGCUCUCGGCUAUGCUGCCGCCGGCCAUAUCCUGGCAUGGCAGCCUAUCGUCUUCCGUGGCAUGGAGAUAGCAUCUCAUUCCCUGAGCUGGUCGACUCUUGAGCGUGCUCUUGGCUUUGCCCUCGGCGAUCUGCCCAGUCGCGCUUCAGCUGACAGACACAGCCAGUUCGUCUAUGGCGAGCCUGUUCACGUUUUGAUGAAUGGUAUAAUCUCGUUCAUCAUCAACAACUUCCCGCCCGACUUUACUCUGGACACGUCUGUCGCUGAUCCUGAGCGUUUUGCCCGUCUCCCUAUUGCUUCGACAUCACUCCCGCCCCGCGAAGGAACGCCCACUAUUGCUCGCGGAACGGCUGGCCAAGAUCGUCGAGCCCGCCCCAUGCACAUUCAGUUUGGUGACCUUGCUUUGGGCCCUGAUAACACACCGAACGGCUCGGAUUCGACCUCACAACCCUCUCAGCAACACCACAUCCGAUCGACUCUCUCUACCAUUCUCAUCAACCUCCCGUUUGCGUACUUGAAGCCGGCCCUCGAGUCCAGUGGCUAUGGUAACGUCAAUGGAUGGGCGAACGUCGAGGCUCGGCACCACAUUAUGCGGGCCGUUGUCUCGGAGCGGGAGAAUAGACGGUCCAGAGUUGUUGAGGCUGUCAGAUCUGGUGCGGUGCCUCAUGCCGAGUCCAUCUUGUAUAGCCUGCAGAGUGCCGAUCCCCAUCAGAAUGAAGAAUGGCAUGCCCUUGGCUGGCGCGAGGACGUGGUCUCGUACGUUGACGGCGACGCGCCGUCUCUCGGCCGGCAGUGGGUUCCGUUGAUGGCGCCGCCGCAGCAGAACGGCACCGACCAUGUGGAGGCUACCAGCCGAGCGGCCUAUCCUUGA